AAGAUAUUUAACCAGUUAGCGAUGAAUAGCCGACUGGUUCUGUUACUGUUAGCUGCUGGCGGCCUUGUCGACUUUGCCACAUCGAAUUCUCUGAAUCUCGUUGGCAAGCACAACUAUCCGGUGGAGCAGCACAAGCUGGCGACCGGCGAUGGCUACAUUCUCACCAUAUUUCGCAUUCCAUAUUCGCCGCGUAAUGGAGAGGCGCGAGCACACAAGGCAGUUGUCUUUCUGCAGCACGGUAUCACUGGGUCCUCCGACGACUGGCUGCUCAACGGCCCCAGCAGUGGGCUGCCAUUUCUGCUGGCCGAUGCGGGCUUCGAUGUGUGGCUGGGCAACUCUCGGGGCAAUUCGUACGGACGCGCGAACAACGGACUGGAUCCCAAGAAGGCAGCAUUUUGGGAGUUCAGCUGGCACGAGAUCGGUGCCCACGACCUGCCAGCCCAGAUCGAUUACGUGCUUGGGGUCACGCACCAGCCGGCGCUGCAUUUUAUUGGUCACUCGCAGGGCGGUACCGCCUACCUGGUGAUGCUCGCGGAGCAUUCGGAAUACAAUGAUAAAAUACUGACGACAAAUCUGCUGGCACCCCUGGCCUUCUGCAGUCACAUGAGGUCGCAGCUUAUGACGAUGGUUCUGAAGGUAGAAGAGUACAUGGUCGAGGGGGAAUAUAGCCCCGGUAGCCUGACGCAGCACAAGUCCUCCGACGCAUUCUGUGCCGCCCCGUUGUGGAAGCAUGUCUGUCAAGACAUCUUGUUCACGCUCAUUGGUGGAAAAUCUCCUCACAUUAAGAAACUCACCGCGAAGCUUCAAAAGACUGCGACGUCAGGGUUCUCCAACAGGCUGCUAAAGCACUACGCCCAGGUUUUCAAGACGGGACGCUUCGCCAAGUACGACUAUGGUAAUGCAAGGAAUCUACGGGUUUACGGUACGAGAAGGCCACCACUCUACGCCCUGAGCAACGUUGCUCCGUUAACAGUUAACAUGUUCUACAGCGACAGCGACCAGUUGCUGUCGGUCGAGGAUGCUGAGACACUUGCCCAGCGGAUUAGUGCCAUUCAGCAUCAUUUGGAGGUGGAGAACUGGAACCAUUUGGAUUUUCUUUACGCCACAAACGUGGUGCAGGUCAUCUACCGAGAUCUUAUUCAAUCAAUCCGUGACCAUAAUCCAAGGCUCAUCUGAUUUGCAUGCUACUUAAAUACAUGCCGUAAAAGGCUUGCUCUUAAUCCUCUAUCCUUUUAGUCUCGAACCAUUUUCUAGAGGAACUACAACGUAUAAUAGCCAAGGUUUCCAUAUACUUUUGUGCCUUUUAUACCCUUGUUUUGCUUUACUAUUGGCUCCUAUAAGAAUUGUGAUUCUUAAUACGAGUUUUUCCUCAAAGUCUGUCUAACAUAUUGAGCUAUCUAACAAAAUCACAGAACAUUUUAAAAUAUCGGUUCACCCUUUAUUAAGCCAAGAAAUGGCUGUCCCGUGCGUCAUGUCCCGUGCGACAGAGGCUUAAGUUAAACCUGUGUUUUCUUAAAAUUAUAACCAUUUCAAAGGGACAUCAGUGCACAACAUUUAUCAGAAACUCGCAUCAAUAUAUUGCCUCAACUUUCGCUGAAAUCUGAAUUUUUUCGCCAAUUGAAUUCCUUGGUUUUUUGCAAAGUACUCGAAAGCAAUUAGUUGCCAAAAAUCGACCUUGGCAGCAAUUAGAGGGAUAAUCAAGAGCUACUUUAUAAUAGAAUAAUAAUUUAGAAACUCCUUCAUAUUCUGACCCAUUUUACCACUUGCAAUGUGUAAUCAGAGGCAACCAGAUGGAUUCUUUUGCCAGAGACCCCAAAGGAAUCUUUAAAUAUAUAUACAUAUAUUAAUGAUC